GACCUCGAGACACAUGAAUUCUUUGUUUCUCGUGAUGUCAAAUUUGUUGAAGAUUUUUUCCUUAUGCUGAAAGUAAUGUCGUGGAAACACCUCCAUUAUCACAAAUUUACAAUUCCAAUGUUGAGGUAAUUGACCAUGUAGAUUCCUUUCCCUGGACAUCUAGGCAUACGACACAUGAGCCUGAAGAAACUCCUCUGCCUAUGAAUGAUCCACCUAUGAGUGAUCCCACUCCUGGACCCUCUGUCGCAGCUGACAAUGAUUCUUUGCCCAGUGAUUCGGCAUACUUUAGACGGGGGAGUCGUUCUUGGGUACCAUCUGUCCGGUUAAAAGAUUAUGUGACUCACACAAUUGUGAAAAGCAGUCCAUAUCCUUCUCACUCCGUUGCGUCAUCUUCCUCAGGGAUGGAACCACAAUCUUUUUGUGAGACCGUUAUAGAUGAAGGUUGGCGUGACGCCAUGCGAGCUGAAAUUGAUGCUUUAGAAAGCAACUCCACGUGGGACUUCCCUUACCUUCUAAAAACGCACUUUUGGGAUGCCGUUGGGUUUAUAGAAUUAAGUGUAAAUCUGACGCAAGUAUUGAAAGACUUGAAGCUCUUUUGGUGAUUUAUUGCAAUCAUCAAGUUGUUGGAAUGGAUUAUACUGAAACUUUCGCCCCAGUUGCCAAAAUGGUAGUUAUGUGCGCUUUCUUGGCAGUCGCGGCCUGCAAAAAUUGGGAAUUGCAUCAGAUGGACGUCCAUAAUGCCUUUCUUCAUGGCGACUUACACGAAAAAAUCUACAUGACUAUUCCUAGCGGAUAUCAAACCACGGAUUCUUCUUUGGUGUGUCAUCUUAAAAAAUCUCUCUAUGGACAUAAGCAGGACCCGCGUUGUUGAUUCGCCAGGCUGGUUGGUGCUUUGAAAGGAUAUGGAUUUCUUCAGUCUUAUGUGACUACUCUUUAUUUAUGCGUACAUGAUGGUCAAUCCAGCUCAAUGUUUUAGUUUAUGUUGAUGAUCUCAUUAUAUCUGGAAAUGAUGGUGAUGUUAUUGCUCAUUUCAAAUCAUGUCUGAGUUCAUGUUUUCACAUGAAAGACCUGGGCACACUCAAAUAUUUUCUAGGUAUUGAGGUAGCACGAAGUCCUACAGGG